CCGUCUAUUCUUUUUUAUACUUAAGAGAGACCACUAAGCUCCCCCUCCCUCUAUAGUCAAGAGAAUAGGUAAAGGAGAAUUUGGAGUUUUAAUCUUCAAGAAAACAACCAUGCUCUCAAGCAAACCAGCUUUCCAUAAACUCUCUUUCAUGUUGAUAUAUACAAUCUUCUUUGUAUCUGCACUCAGUGGAGCUUCUAUAAAUGAUCACAUUGAAUCUACUUUCAUUCAAGGCAAGCUAAUCAAGUGUUUAAUGUAUUUAUUUUAUCAGUGCCAUGUAUGGAUGUAUGAAUGUCCACCUUAAUCUUUUGGAAUUUUAUCAGGGAUCUGAAAGAUGACGAAUUAUCAAUCCGGAACCUGAAAGAUGAAAUGUAUUGGUAUAAGACCCAAAUGAUGAAAAACUAUCAAUCUAGGACGUAGGAUUUCAUAGAUUUUGAUUUAUUUAAUUUUUUAUUAACUCUAUUGCUAAUGUUUGAUGGGUUUUUCUUCACAAAAGUUUAUUAUUUAAUAAAACUAGAUAAUUUUUUUUAAAUAAAAAUAAAAUAAUAUAAUUUAUGACAAUUUAGGUCCUAUAUUGAUAGUUUCCGGUCAUUCGUGUCCUGGAUCGAUAAUUUUCCAACGUUCGGGUCCUAUAUCCAUACAUUUUAUCUUUCAUAUGUCAGAUUUAUAAUUCGUCUAUUUUUUAGGUCCCUGGAUUGAUAAAAUUCCUAAUCUUUUUUUAUUGUGGGUGUUAAUUAAGGUGAACAGAUGAUUUAUUAUGAAGUCAUUUAUUACUAACAUUUUGUUUCGCAGUGAAGGAUUUCUUUUCCUGUCAUAUUUUCAACAAUAUGAUGUAGUGGCGGUUUAUUUGAGAAAAUGGGUGUUUGAUGGGAGUAGGUGGAGUUGAUGGUGGAGUUUCAUGGGGAAACGGAAGGUCUCUACGGCAGGGCAAUAGUGGUCAGAGUUCAUCCUUAAUACUCGCCGCCGAUAGAACGCACAGAAAAGACCCGUCUGACAGUUUCAAUUACUAUACUGGUGGGUGGAAUAUCAGCAAUGAGCAUUACAUAUAUUCGGUCGCGUUUACUGGCGCUCCCCUUUUCUUCAUAGCAGCAGUUUGGUUUGUGGGAUUUGGCCUAACAUUACUACUGAUAUGGCUUUGCUAUUGCUGCUGCAAAGGAAGGAGCAGUGCUUACUCUCCAAGUGUUUAUGUCCUUUCACUUCUCUUUCUCUCCAUAUUUACCAUUGCUGCAAUCAUUGGUUCUGUGGUUCUCUAUACCGGAUUAGAGAAAUUUCACAACAGUACAGAGGGUACACUAGAAUUUGUUGUUUCCCAAGCGGAUUCUACUGUUGGUAAAUUAAGAAAUGUGUCAGACGUUCUGGACACGGCCAAAAUCACAGGAGUUGCUCAAAUAUUUCUACCUGAAGCUGUUAAAAAGAACAUCGAUAAGGUCGACGAUACCAUCAAUUCUUCUGUUAACACUCUCGACACCGAAACAAGGAAGAAUAAGAAGGAUAUCCUACAUGUUAUUGACCUUGUGAGGCAGAUUCUCAUAAUUAUAGCCGCUCUUAUGCUUUCCUUGGCUGCUCUUGGUUUCUUUCUUUCCGUGUCUGGCCCUGAAUCUCUUGUUUACAUCCUGGUGAUCAUAGGAUGGAUUCUCAUUGCAGCCACAUUGAUCUUGAGCAGUGUAUUUGUACUUCUACAUAAUGUGGUAGAAGACACUUGUGUUGCUAUGGAUGAAUGGGCGAAAAAUCCCACGGUUCAUACAGCGUUAGAUGAUAUUAUUCCCUGUGUGGACCCUAAAGCUGCUCAAGAAACACUGUCUCAGAGCAAAGAGGUGACAUAUGAGAUGGUUGUUGUUGUUAAUCGUAUCAUAAACAAUGUAGCGAAUGCAAACAUGCCUACCGGUGCGCCUACUUCGUACAAUCAAUCUGGUCCAUUGGUGCCUAACCUUUGUAGUCCAUUCAAUUCGGACAACAGAGAUAAAAAAUGCGCUGAAGGCGAAGUCGAGUUUGAAAAUGCACCUGAGGUUUGGAAGAAGUAUGUGUGUAACGUUGGAGCGGACAAUGUGUGCACCACGGUGGGGCGUCUAACGCCGGAUUUGUACAACCAGAUGAAUGGUGCAGUUAAAGUGAGUGGUGGUCUCUACCUGUAUGGCCCAUUCCUCACCGACUUGCUCGACUGCACAUUUCUACGAAGUACCUUUAACACGAUCCAUGACCAUCAUUGCCCCGAUCUCGAACUAUUCAGCAAGUGGGUCUACAUUGGGUUGGUGCUCAUUUCGGCCUUUGUGUGUCUUUCUCUCAUACUCUGGGUGCUCCAUUCCAGAGAAAGGAGUCACCGUAAGUACACCAAACUUGCUCGCCCUUAAGAUCUCCUUUCCAUGGAAAAUGAAGUAUGGUAUAUAAUCAAGCUUGCAUGUUGACUAUUCAUGGAGGAAUCAAAUAGCUAGUUUGCUUAGGAAUUGAGCAUCAUUUUGUGGAAAUCUUCACAUAUGCUAUAAUGUAUGCACCACCUAGCAACCUUUGAUACCUAAUUUGCACAAGCAUAGACUUUUAUCCCACAGACAAAUGAGUCUAUGUUAAUUCCUUAUUGGCUGUUUGGGAAAACAAAAUUUGAUGCUAGUGUAAAAGUUGUUAUACAAAUUUAAGAGCAUUUUGUGAAGUCCUCUUUCUUGGACCAAGUCAUGCAUGCUCUUUUGGUAUGAAGAUUCAAAUAACCUUGUUGAAGUUUGAAUGUGAUUUGACUUUACAUGUUCUGUAAAUUAUUGC